GUUUCAAAUGUGUUUUGGAUUCUCUAGGAAGCAAGUAGCUGCAGUUAUGAUGGUCUUUAAGAGAACUGAUAGUUCUGAAGAAAUCCUGAAAAUGGACAUGGAAUAUGAACGGAAGACGACAUUUAGCAAAGGUCGUCCAUGUAGCAGAAAAACUGGCAUCUUUGUGCUUCUAGGAACAGUCUGCAUGAUUAUUUUCAUCAUCAUGACUUCUGUGAUCUUUUUUCAUCAACAAAGAACAUUCUCAGUGCUGGAGAGUUGGAUGAACAUUCAUAGUUCCAAUCAAACUUCAGUCAAACCUCAAGAAAAGAAUAUUGAGACCUUGAUGACCAAUCUUGCCUCUUCAUUGAGUUCAAUCACAUCCAAACAAGAGGAAAACCAACAAAAGCUGGAGCGCCAGCAGGGUCUGUCACACACUGAAGUGAAGAGUUUGAUGAACAGUUUGAGUUCUGCUGUAUCAGCGCUGACAUCCAAACUGAAUGACGCAGUUAAAACGCAGGACCAGAAACAGACUGAAACCGAACGAUCGCUGGACAGUUUGAAGUCCUCCAUACAGUCUGACCAACAGAGCAAACAGCGGGACUUCGAGUCUCUGUCGAGCUCAAUGAGUGUCCUGAAGAGUUCAGUGUCAGAUCUCACUUCAUCUGUCGCAUCUCUGUCCUCUAAACAACAGAUCUCUGAGGACAGAGUCAUGAACGCUCUGAAGGAUCUGAAAUCUAACAUGAGAAACAAAACAGCAGACGUCCCUGUAACCUGUAAAUCUGGCUGGAUAUUGUUCAAAAGCAGCUGUUUCUUGUUCUCUAAUAAUAAACUCAGCUGGACUGAAGCACGAGAUUACUGCAAAACACAGGGGGCGUUACUCCUCAAAAUAGAAGAGGACGACGAGGAGUGGGCAUUUCUAAACAAACAUACCAUACCCGAGCACUACUGGGUCGGUCUAACGGAUCAGGACACAGGCCAGUGGAGAUGGGCGGAUGACACUCCUUACACAAUGAACAAAGAACGCUGGGAUCCCGGGCAGCCGAAUGACUGGAAAGAACACGGACUGGGAGAGGAAGGAGAGGAUUGUGGGCAUUUUAGAAAAAGUGGGAAACUAAAUGACAGCCACUGCUCCUGCAAAAUUAAAUUCAUUUGCAGAGUGUAAUUCUGAAUCUGA